AUAAUAUUUCAAUACAUUAAAAGAAAUUUGUUAUAUAGGGUAGUUUCUUGAAAGAAAAAAAAUUUACUUAAAAGAUUACAAAAGAGAAUUUUCGAAAUUUUUCUUAGAGAAACAAACAGAAACUCUCACCAACAGCCUCUCCUUGGAAGCUCUGAAAAAAAAAAUGGAGAAAAGAAAGUUGAUGAAACUGAAAGGGAGUGAAAACAUAAGAAGUCGUCUUCUUCUGUCAACACUUUCAUCAACUCCCAUUCUUAUCGACGAUAUUCGAUCAACUGACAUCAAUCCUGGUCUUCGUUCUUACGAAGUCUCUCUUCUUCGUCUCAUCGAAAAACUAUGCGAUGAUUGCUCUGUUAUCAUCAAUGAAACUGGUACCAAGUUGAAGUACAAACCAGGGAUUGUGAUGGGUGGCAAAUUUCUGGAGCAUGAUUGUGGGUUGAGUCGUUCAAUUGGCUACUUCUUGGAAGUUCUUAUUGUUCUGGGUUUGUUUGCCAAGAAUUCCCUUCAAAUUACUCUUAAAGGUAUAACGAAUGAUUCAAAAGACCCAUCUGUUGAUACAUUCCAGUUAACUACCUUGAACAUUUUAAAACGGUUUGGAGUAUCUUCAGAAGGACUGGCGUUGAAAAUUGAGAUCCGUGGGGUACCUCCUAUGGGUGGUGGACAAGUAGUUUUGUCAAUACCAAUUUUGCACACUAGUUUAACAGCAGUGAAUUGGAUUGACGAGGGAAUGGUAAAGCGUAUUAGAGGGGUGUCAUUUUCUACUCGUCUAAGUCAGAAGCAAUUAUAUGUUCUGCUCGUGGUAUUUUCAAUAAUUUUCUUCCGGAUGUCUCCAUUUCCAUUGAUCGAAAGGCUGGUGCACAAGCUGGAAAGGGGACAAUGUGCUUUAGCGAGUGGGCCAAUAACUCGUAUGACCAAGGAGCUACUAGUAAUAUUUAUCGGAAUAUUGUACGAGAUCAUAUAAUUUGCAAUGCCUUCCUACCAUGAUCAAGAUGGUCAAGAAGAAUUGUUAUAAAUUAUUAAUCAAACAUAAACACGAUUGGUCGAUUGAGAUUUAAUAAUUAAAAACAUUAUAUGAGAUUAUGAAAAAUUGCUUAAACCUUGUUUUUUAGUAGGAAAAAUAACACUCCAAAUUCAAUAUUUAUCCACCACAUGACCUGAUAGUGACGAAGUGCAAUAGUGACAAAAACACAUCGUUAUAUGAUAGUCUUUACACAUCACAUAACCUGAUACUUGAUAGUGACAAAAACAGACACCAUUAUAUGAUAGUGUGCAAUAGUGACAAAAACACACACCAUUAUAUGAUAGUGCGAUUAGAUAUGAUGGAGUAAUCAUUCGUGUUGAAACCAGCAAACCUUCCAAAGACUUGCAACCCACCCGGAAUUUACAUUUUUACCCCGGAUAGUGGAUUAGCAAUCCACUAUCCAAUAGUGAUUUAUCAUUCCUCCAAAAGUUAUCUCUCAUGCUACACGUUCACUUAAAGAGUUGUGCUAAUGCUGAUUUGACAUUUCUCAUACUUUAUCUCUCAUACUUCUUCGAAGAAAGAGGAGAAACUUGAGAAUAGACGAUCAUUUGGUUAACAAAUAAUAAAACUUGAAAUACAAGUAAAAACAAAAGGAGGAAAAUUCUACAUUGUGGCCUCCUACUUUCAAUUUUUCUAUUUGGUGGCCGGUCAGAAAAAGAUUUAUACCCAGUGACAUCCUACUUUAAACAAUUAUACUUAGUGAUGCUAAUCCACUUAAAACUUGACUAACCUUCCAAUAAAAAGUGAAUUAUUAACCCACGCUCUAAGUUAAUUAUCCUAACACAAUAAAAACCAUCCCCGUCCUCAUUAAAAAUCUAGCAGCAGGAAUCUCCUAAACCAAGCUUUUCGUCCAGCCAUCUUCUGUAAGAGGGGCUCAGAGAUGAACGACCAUUACAAUGCUCAGCAAGAUUAUUUCCUACACAAUACCAUUACUAUUUCAUAACCAAGCUCAUGUCACCACAAGGAAACACAUUAAGCAUCAUUAACGUAUUAAAACUUCCAUUCAUGGCCAUUUGAACUAUGCUAGAGAUAGCAUUAUGUUCAUAAUACGCAGGCCCGGCUAAGGCCCUGUGCAGGGUGAGCAACUGCACAGGACCCCCAAAAUAUAAGGGCCCAAUUUAUUUUAUCCACCCAAAGUUUUUUUUUUAAAAAUUAAUAUCUCGUAACUCCCUCUCCUCACGCGUUGAUCAGAACAAUUCCUCCUCCUCCAAUUUCCAAAACAGCAAACCUAAACCCCAUUAAUUUCGAGUGACUCCUCGUAAUCUCUGUCAAUCCUCCUCUCUUCCUAUUCAACAAUUCUCCAGUCUCCAUACACCAAAACGUUUCAAUUCUCUUGUUCUUCAUUAUAGUUAUAAUCCCAAAUUCCAAAGAGAAAAAAAGUCAUUUAUGACUUGAGUUUAGUUGAUGUUUCAUUCUUCAGUCUGAUCUUCAAUUAUUCACCUAUGUACAACCUUCUUUCUCAAAACUUUCACAUUUAUAUCUUCAACAACUCUACAAAAUUUGCUAAUGUAAUAAUGUUCUAUGUUUUUUUUUUUGUUUCUCCUACAGUCCUACUAGUACUUAAAGGUAAUUUCUUAUGUAGUUAAUUUUUGUUUUGAUAACUCGAAAUUCUGGCAAUUAUAUCAUAUUCGAUUUUCAUUUAUUAAUUGCUGAUUUUAUAUUUUAUUUAUGAUUUCUUGUUUUUUUAGGUGAAGCUACUAGUUUGAUUGGUUUUACAAUUUCUGAUUUUUGAGAAUUGCGCAAGUCUGUUGAUUCUAAUCUGCUAGAAAGGGUGGUUUCCUUGAUAACUCAUAUUUAUUGCUUUUCUUAAUCACAAUAAAUUAUGUUUUCCUUCCUAAUUGUUCCAUAACUUAUUGAGUAAUGUUAACAAAACUGGAAAACAUAAUUAUGGAUAUGAAAAAACUCAAAGAGAAAAGAAAAAGAAUUGAAGAAUUUUUGGAGAAAGUGGUUAUGAAGAAUUGGUUGAUGGUUCUUUUUUCAAAUAACGCUAGAAGUUUGUUUGAAGAAAGUAACUUUUAUUAAUUGUUUUAGAUUUUACUUUUGAUUGUUAUAUAACAAUGAUCUGCUUUUUAUGUUUUAGGGCCCCGUAAUUUAAGUUAGCAUAUGGCCUCUAAAUUGUACAAGACGGCCCUGAUAAUACGUAGAAGCCUUUAAACCACAUUACCUUUAAGUUUCUACCCUCUUCUACCAAAAAAGAAGCCGCCAUUAAUCCAUCUUGAUUACCUUUAAUUUCUAUUAAAGAAAACACUCCCAAUAUUAUGCAUUAGGCUCGCAAGACCCAACUACCAGUAAGCAAUUAGUUGUACCACAAACAUUGUUCUCUAGAAAGCAGAGUAUUUCUUACAAGUUCCAUCUUAUUACCAAACUAAAUUGAAUGAACUUCAUCACUGAAGGAGAUGUAUAAUAGCACUAGUUGCAAUAGAGGUCGUGGAAACUGUAAGAGCACUCGUUAAGGUCACUAAGUAUAAUUGUUUAAAGUAGGAUGUCACUUGGUAUAAUUUUUUUUUUGGCCCGCCAUCAAAUAGAAAAAUGGAAAGUAUGAGAUCACCGUUGAAAGUUAAUCUAGAAAAAUCUAGAUUUAUAAUGUAUUUUAAAGUUAUUCUAGAAAUAUCUUGUAAAAUAUCUUAUAAUAUGUGAUGAUUUAGAAAACUCUAGACAUAAGAGAUAAAAAAAUCUCUUAGAUGAGUAUAGAAAAUUCUAGAAUUAGGUAUGUAACUAUUAUAAAUAGGAACCAAGUGCUUGUGUUUAAUGUAGAAACAUAAAUGUUCUAUCAAGAUUAUGGGUAGCUAAGUCCUAAGAACCUGAGUUUUCGCUAGAUCAAGUAAGAGUGAGACACACGAGUUAUAAUAUGUAAUUGCUUAAAGGAAAGGAGACAGCAAAUUGCUAAUGAAAAAAUUCAUAAAACUACUUUUUAUACUCAACUUUUUUUGAACAAAAAAAUAUUUUAAAAAUUCUCUCUCAAAAAACUACAUUAUGUAACAAAUUUCUUUCAAUAUACUACCAUUUUAACAUAUAUGAGAUUAAAUCACAAUAAUUGAAUCACCAAUUAAUUGCAAUAGUGACAAAAACACACCAUUAUAUGAUAGUGCAAUUAAACUAUGAUUGACUAAUCAUUCGUGUCGCAACCAUCAAACCUUCCAAAGACUUGCAAAAGUUAUCCCUCAUGCUACACCUUCACCUAAAGAGCGGUACUAAUGCUGAUUUGACAUUUUGCGAUAUUCUUCGACGAAUUGAUACAAGGCAGGAAAGACAUCAAAUUUGGCUAUCUAGAUAGUGUAUUACUCAACAGUGUAAGAAUAUAGUUAACUCUGUGUCUGGAAUAUCAAAUGUGCAACCUGUUAUAGUCUCAUAUAAAAAUAUAUAUCUGCAAAAAAAACCCAAAGAGUAAAACUUUAAAGAAAGAAUAUAAUUAACUUGGGGGCUGGUUAAUAAUUCACCUUUAAUUGCAAGAAUCGUACACAGCACAUAUAUACCAUCAAAAAAGCCUCGAAAAGACGGGUACAAGUUCGUUGGAAGCAACAACGGGAAGCUCCUAAAAACAAAUUUGCAUCAGUUUCCAGAUAAGGAGAAAUAGAUGGGAAUUUCUUCAUAAAAAUGGAAAGAUUAAUACCUUAUCAACAUUUUCAGGUUCAAAAUCAUUAUUGAUACAGUCCAAGUAAGAAUCAGCCAUCCAAAAUGUACUUGACUCAGGCGUAAUACGCCUGAGAAAAAAAUAGGCAUAAUGAUAUUUGAUAUCAAUUUCAAGUACAUUAAAGAGCGAAAAUUUAGAUGAUUUGAUAAAUAAUCACUUGCCUCAUCAAUUAAAAGAAUGGGGCAUCAUCUGCCUUCCCGAACUUAUAUUUGGUAUUCACCAAAAGCAAACCGUUUUUUCUGCCACAUCCUACGAUCAUCAUGAACUUGUAAGAAUCAGCAAUAAUAAAAUAGUUCAAAUCAUUGGGUUCAAUGGAAAAAGGUCUCAGAAAGACAAUCUUUGAUUUUUCCCAAGCCUAUACAUAUAUAGGCAUAAAUUUCAGGAGAGUAAAUAAAGUAACUAGUACUCUCAGGUUGGUAAGCAAACCAUCUGGCAGAGCAUUGCCACAAUAAUUUCGGAUAUAAUUUCGGAUACCCUUCUUGUAGACCAUCCACAAUGAAAACUCAGUGCUUCCAGUAACAAAUCCCCACACUAUAAUCAUUCAUUUAUGAAUAAUCAUCAACAUUCCGUAUCAGGAAUGGUUAACUAGAAUAAUAUCAAACAACCAACACUCUUUACUUCACCAUACACUACGCAUCUAUAAUCUGUACAAAGAGUCCAACACUCUCAAAAGCCGAGAUAAAUUGAGUGAAUCACAUACAUAAUUAACUUACCAACAAAUUCAAUAGGGAAAACGGCACAAUUUCUGACUAUUCACAUUCUGAUCUGGAGCUGACAAAACUGCAUUUGGAGUAAUCUCACGAGUUUGGUCAAACCACCAUAAGCUCAAUUUAUUCAAUACCUUAAACAAGGAUAUAAAGCCUCAUACUAAACCGGCAAACCACAAAUCAACAACAAAUUAUCGAUGUCAUACCUGUCCUCUGAAUGGAAUUAAACGCAGAACUAUGUCAAAAGUGUUAGGAAAUCGGUGUUGUAGUUUGAUUAAUGCGGAACAGAAAAUCAAUGAAAUAAUGAAGGUGAGAAAACUAUAAAGAUGAACAAACAAAUAACACAAGGAUUUACGUGAUCAGAGAAUAAUACAAGGAGUCCUAAAUCUAGAGGCUAAAAGUGUUUCAUAAGUUGUGUUAAUAAUAAUGAACACUAAGAGCCCUUUUAUAAUCAUAAGGAACCCGUACAAACCCUAAAAGAUAACCUAAAAAUGAAAAAUAUCGGAAAAACGCGUUCAGCUCCCAAAAUCGCGCACCGCCCGAUUGGGCCGAGCCAAAUCCGCCCGAUCGGGCCCGGGACAAAACUGCUUCGUCAGUUUUUCGUAAAACAGUCAUAACAUUCUCGUUUCUCAUCGGAAUUGGGCAUAUGACCUAUCGUUGGAAAGCUCUUUGAACAAGCUAUCGCCUCCAAUUUGAAUCACAUCAAAAUUAGCCUUAUGCCAUUCACAAGAUUUCAAGUCAUAUUUAACAAUCUCCACCUUGACUUGAAACCGAACAAACAAGGUAACUCCACCUUAAACCAAAAACGAUGCUCAACCAAACACCAUAGAACCUCCACCUUAAACAAAAUUCCAUAAACCUACCCAUUGUAGGCAAUCCAGAACGGACAUCUUCUAUAACUUGUGUACCGAUGCGUCUUCGAACACAAAAUCCGUAUACAAAACCAUCACAUGGCCUAGAUCGAGAGUAUAAAGUCACCAACGCUAGCAUGCUUCAUCAAAUUGACCAAACUCUCUUCAAACACUUCUUCAUCUCAACAACAAACUCAAAAGCAAUUCUAGAAACUGAAUGACAACAUAAUUUCUAAAUUGCAAUAGU